AUGAAACUUUUAGAUGUUCAUGCCCUUUCGCUGUUGAAAACGUUACCAAGAUAUGUGGCUGAAAAUCCCCCUCGCCCCUCGGUAAUGGCCCUCUUGCUACUUACUGAGCUCCGAUACGGUACGUAUCCUGCUACCCCAGAAUCAUUCACUCCGAACCCGAUACGUACCUGGCAAAUACCCCAAUACCCAUUCCACUCCCCCCAAACAAGACGGCUUUUCUAUUCCGAAAAGACACAAUUCAUCGUCCACCUCUGCAUCUUCGCCGGCCUCCAAUGCCUCCCACAGUACCCUCCAGUAAAAGCGCUGGGCGUCUUGGUUUCGAUAUGGAUAAUCUGGACCGGAAUCCAACUCGGCGUCCGCUACCAAACCAGCCCUCCGCUCUUCGGGCCCAUCUACCUCGCAGACAGUCUUGCGACCUUCUGGACCGAAACAUGGCACAAUGCCUUUGCAGCGCCUUGUCUUUCCCUCGCUUACACACCGACUACAUAUCUCUUGACGCGCCUCCGUCUUCCUCGCAUGCUUGUUCGCUCAUGUGCCGUCGUUGCUGCAUUCGCUUUCAUGUCUCUCUUCCACAUGUAUGCCUUGGCUCCGAUUCUUUCGGCCGAAGGUCAGAAGAGGAUUGGUAUCUUCUUUCUGGCGAAUGGUGUGUGCACUGUUGCGGAAACGGCGGUUUGGGGUAAGAAGCGGGAUUGGCGGCGUGCGGUGUUGGCAUGGAUGAUUGAGUUGGGGUUGGCGAGUUGGACUAUUGUUGAGUGUGAGAUUGCGGAUGGGCUGUUGAGUGCGGAUUGGAAAGGACUGUGUCGGGCAAAUGUUCGCUGA